UCCAAGCCAACUCCAGCCAAGAGAGAGAAAUCUGUUUCUGCCAGCCUGCCCCAGUCUCCAGUGCUGGUCCCCCUGAUGGCAGUUUGUACAACCCUCUGAAACCUGCCAAGCUGGACGCCACAGCUUUGCACGACUGCACUUUGGCCACCACCGUGCCUCCCUCGGAGCUGUCCCACCAUGCAGUCCUAGCCUGCGACCCAGGCGUUCAUGAAGAGCACUAUGUGAGUGAAGCGGUGGAAGAGGAUGUGCGAGACUGCAGGGAGUACAGAGAUGCCUGCACCAUUACUGAUGUGUGCAACAGUACCGAUCUCCCUGAAGUUGAAAUCAUCAGUCUACUGGAAGAGCAGCUGCCUCAUUACAAGCUAAGAGCUGAUACGAUCUACGGUUAUGACCACGACGACUGGCUCCAUACGCCUCUCAUUUCUCCCGAUGCCAAUAUUGACUUAACAACUGAGCAAAUAGAAGAGACCUUGAAAUACUUCCUUUUAUGUGCUGAAAGAGUGGGCCAGAUGACUAAAACAUACAAUGACAUAGAUGCUGUUACACGUCUUCUUGAAGAGAAAGAGCGGGACUUAGAAUUAGCUGCUCGGAUCGGCCAGUCGCUAUUGAAGAAGAACAAGUCGCUGACGGAAAGAAACGAGUUUCUGGAGGAGCAAGUAGAACACAUCAGGGAGGAGGUUUCUCAGCUGCGCCAUGAGCUCUCCAUGAAGGAUGAGUUGCUCCAGUUUUACACCAGUGCUGCUGAGGAAAGCGAGCCCGAGUCCAUCUGUUCCACACCGCUGAAGAGGAAUGAAUCUUCUUCCUCCGUCCAGAACUACUUUCACUUGGAUUCUCUUCAAAAGAAACUCAAGGACCUGGAAGAAGAGAAUGUUGUGCUUAGAUCAGAGGCCUGUCAGCUGAAGACUGAAACAAUAACUUAUGAAGAAAAGGAACAACAGCUUGUGAAUGACUGUGUAAAAGAGCUGAGGGAUGCAAACAUCCAGAUUGCCAACAUCUCAGAAGAGUUGGCAAAGAAAACUGAAGAUGCCGCCCGGCAGCAGGAAGAAAUCACCCAUCUCCUCUCUCAGAUAGUGGAUCUGCAGAAAAAGGCAAAAGCUUGUGCAGUUGAAAAUGAAGAACUUGUUCAGCAUUUGGGAGCAGCUAAAGAUGCCCAGCGACAGCUCACAGCAGAAUUGCGGGAGCUGGAAGACAAGUAUGCAGAGUGCAUGGAAAUGCUUCAUGAGGCGCAAGAAGAGCUGAAAAACCUUAGGAACAAGACUAUGCCAAAUGCCAUAUCACGUCGGUACCACUCUCUCGGUCUCUUCCCUAUGGAUUCUCUGGCAGCAGAAAUAGAAGGGUCAAUGAGGAAAGAACUGCAUUUAGAUGAACCUGACUCUCCAGACCUGGCUCAUCAGAAGCGGGUCUUCGAGACAGUGAGAAAUGUAAACCAAGUUGUCAAGCAGAGAUCCAUGACUCCGUCACCAAUGAAUAUUCCAGGCUCUAACCAGUCGUCUGCUAUGAACUCAGUUAUUUCUAGCUGCAUCAGCACUCCGCGCUCCAGCUUCUACGGGGGAGACAUCUCCAACAUUAUGAUAGACAACAAGACCAAUAGCAUCAUCCUAGGGACAGAUUCUGGUGAAAAUGGAAAUGAAGAUAGAAUGAAGAAGCCUGGGACCCCGGGGACACCAGGUUCCAGUGACCUAGAGACUGCCCUUCGUAGGCUGUCCCUCAGGCGGGAGAACUACCUUUCGGAGAGGAAGUUCUUUGAAGAAGAGCAGGAAAGGAAGCUGCGGGAACUGGCAGAAAAGGGCGAACUCCAUAGUGGCUCCGUUACUCCUACAGAGAGCAUCAUGUCACUGGGAACUCACUCCAGAUUUUCAGAAUUCACUGGAUAUUCGGGAAUGUCUAUCAGCAGUCGAUCCUACCUGCCAGAGAAGCUUCAGAUUGUGAAGCCCCUAGAAGGUUCUGCCACUUUGCACCACUGGCAGCAGCUGGCUCAGCCUCACCUGGGUGGGAUCCUGGACCCGAGGCCCGGCGUUGUCACUAAGGGCUUCAGGACCCUGGACCUCGACCUGGAUGAAGUGUACUGCCUUAAUGACUAUGAGGAAGAUGAGACAGGUGACAUUUCUUACAAGGGCCUAACUACCUCGACGCCAGUUCAGCACACAGAGACCUCAGGUGAGAGGUCACAAGCACAAGUGACUGUUUCAGACAGCAAGAAUAACCCCAGCCAAUCUCAGGCUUUCACAGAGGAGAUGCAGGAGGCCGCGACUGACGAUGAUGAGGGGUCUGUACCUCAUCCUGGGAAGUGCAUGUCACAAACCAACUCCACCUUCACCUUCACCACCUGCCGCAUUCUGCACCCUUCCGAUGAGCUCACACGAGUCACUCCAAGCCUUAACGCAGCACCUACUCCAGCUUGUGGCAGCCUUGGCAAUUUGAAAGGCACCCCAGUGGCUACUCCCUGUACUCCUCGGCGUCUGAGCCUGGCCGAAUCCUUCACCAACCUCCGGGAAUCCACCACGACAAUGAGCACGUCCCUGGGGCUGGUGUGGCUCCUGAAGGAGAGGGGCAUCUCGGCAGCAGUGUACAAUCCACAGAGCUGGGACAGGGCCAGCAAGGGCACCCUCCUCAGCGCCUACUCCCCCAAAAUGGCCAUCAUUCCUUCCACUCCCCCAAACUCACCUAUGCAGACACCGUCGUCCUCUCCUCCGUCGUUCGAAUUCAAGUGCACCAGCCCACCUUACGACAACUUCCUGGCUUCAAAGCCUGCGAGCUCCAUCUUGAAGGAGGUGAGGAACAAAAAGAGCAUCAGGAACAGUGAGAGUCAGACGGACGUGUCUGUUUCCAACCUUAAUCUCGUGGACAAAGUCAAGAGGUUUGGCAUCGCCAAGGUCGUGAGUUCGGGGCACGUGCCAGCCCCUCCUCUAACUGAUGACCAGGGACCUCUCCUCUGUGGGGCACAAGGACCGGUGAGGGCCCUUGUUCCCGGAGGCCUGGCACCAGAUGCUCUCCCAUUGGGCUGCCCUGCUGUGACAAGUGCCAUCGGGGGCAUCCAGUUGAACACAGGCAUCCGAAGGAACCGGAGCUUCCCCACGAUGGUGGGUUCCAGCAUGCAGAUGAAAGGCCCGACAUCCCUCGCUUCGGGAAUCCUCAUGGGAACCAAGCUCCCGAAGCAAACUAGCUUGCGAUGAACGACUUAUUUUUACAGCUAGUCUUUUUAAAUAAAAAUACUGAGGUUUCUUCUCCAGCCCUCUUUCCCCUUUUGCCCUGGCCCUUCAUUGCCUCUUGAGUUUGACAAAUCAACUUUGUGCCUAAUGGGAGAAAUGUGUAAAAUUUGUACAAAAUAUGUAAAUAUAUACCAGAUCUAUUGUAACUAAUUGGAUUAUUUUCCUGUUCGAUUGAGUGCAAAAGGCUCUACAUUGUGAUUGCUGUAUCAAGGUUAACUUGCUAACCUUUUGAAAAGUUUUUUUUUUUAAGAUGCACUGAAAAAAAAACAAAAGAAAAACCACAAAAAAUAACUUGGCUAAAAAGGUGAAUUCUGUAGCUAGCCUAACUUGACAGUUGGAGGCCCCAUGGGAAGGUUGAGUGCAUUGCAGGAGACCUCAGAGCGCAUCCCRUGAAGCGUGGGAGCUCCCUGCGCUUUGCUACGUGCCGAAGGAAGCACUCAGUUUAGCAUUUGGUCAUUUUGACUUUGCCUUUGUAGAUGAGUUGAGCUGAGUUACUGGAGUGCCUGGCCGUUUUGCCUGAACGGAAGUCGUUUCUUGCUCUGGUCUGUAUUCCCUUCCUCCCCCUAGUUAGGAUAAACUUGAACUAACACCACGUGGAAGCUGGCAGACCUGCUGGGUACCUGGAACAUUGACCCCUUCCUGCCGCUGACGUUUCGUUYGGCACUUCUAUAUUCCGUGUGGCUGCUUGUCUCUCUGUUUCGCUUUGUUUUGUUUUGUUUUGUUUUCUCAGUGCUGCACUGGAUCGUGGAGGGGAAGAUGCUUCACCGCGCGUUGCUGCCACUGAAACCCAAAGAAAACAGUUUUCACAACCAAGGAGGUCACCGUGGCAGCCGCCUUCCUAGAAGCCAGGGUUGUGGGACACGCAGGCACAUAAGGGAGUCAUGAAAGAUCAUGUAGCAAAAGCAGUAUUAGGAUAAAGGUGUCCUUGAAACCUCAGCAGAGCCGCACAGACGUUUAGUAACGCGAUGGUAGAAGCUGGAAAAGCGGCUGAGGAUCAGAUUGUCUGCAGGCUUUAUGCCAAGGACUCCUUCUUAAGUGUCCUUGUGAACAAGGUGAGAGUACUCCUAGCCUUUUCC